AAAAUCUUAUCAUCUUUAUAACCAUCGGUCUCCUUUUCUUACUUACAUCGGGAAAGUUUUGACUUGUCGGCGGAAUGGAGGCGACGAGGGCUAUGUUCCUUCUGCUGAUAUUUGCUGUUCUUGUCUCGUCAUCGCAGUCGGGAUCUAUUAUUCCACGACCUCGUCCUCUGUCUUCCCUGAGGAAAAUCAACACUACUACUACUAGUACCCAGGGUUUGUUGCAGAAUGCAGGCACUUGUUCUUAUACAGUGGUGAUUAGGACCAGCUGCUCUUCGAUUUCCUACACUCGUGACCGGAUCAGCCUUGCCUUCGGAGAUGCCUAUGGAAACCAGGUUUAUGUGCCGAGGCUGGAUGAUCCGCGAUCGAGGACAUUCGAGCGCUGCUCCACAGAUACAUUCGAUAUAUACGGACCGUGUACCUAUCAGAUAUGCUAUGUGUAUCUCUACCGGCAGGGUUAUGACGGAUGGAUUCCUUACGACGUAACCAUCUACGGAUACAACACGAACCCCGUUUCCUUCUAUUACAAUGUAAGGAUGCCUAGAGAUAUCUGGUACGGAUUCGACCACUGCUAUUAUGGCGCCCGAUCUGGUUCGGCCGCCGUGAAGUAAGCCCUCUUAUGUUCAGCUUCUAGAAUAAUGAGACGCAUUUAUUAGCUGCUAGAAUAAUGAGGGAUCGAUGAUCUAGAUCGAUUGUACUAGGUUUGUGUUGAAGAUGAUGUUGCUUGUGUAUGUAGUUUUAUUACGACCUUCUUGUUGAAGAUGAUGUUGCCUGUGUAUGUAGUUUUAUUACGA